AUGCAGAACGCAUGUUUAUAUGGGUGUGCUGCGGUGCUUGGUUUACUGUCUUUACGUUGUGUGCGGUGUGACAGCGUAACGUACAAUAUAGGAGGAGAAGACGUCACUUUUACGAAUGAACCGCCAACCGAUAAUGUUGAACGACUUCCAAGAAAACCUGAUAAGAUACCGACUAUCUUCUACCUUUACACACAAGGGAGAAAGCAGAAGAAACAACUUGCUAAAAUAGCGACAAAACAGUCCUCAACAGUCAAGGAGAGUACUAUAACAGGUUCUAAUUACGAUGGAACUAAAAGGACCAUCUUUAUUUGUCACGGAUGGUGGGGAUUAUACUUAAGCGACUGGGUUAAAAAAGCCAGGAAAUUGAUUUUAGAAGAGGAGGACGUUAAUAUAAUAGCUGUGGAUUAUUGGAAAGCAGCUGCUACAUCGUGGGAUGUAUGGGUGCAGUCAGUGGCUGAUAGUUUUCUGGUAGGAUAUGUGAUUGCUUACUUUAUGAAGGAACUUAAUCGUAUAACCGGCGCAUCCUACGGCAAUAUGUACUAAAUUGGCCACAGCUACGGAGCACAAGUCGCCAGCAUGGCGGGAAAAGCGCUGAAAAACUAUUAUGAAUCUGAACUUGGAAGAAUAACAG